GUUCGCACUCCAGCGGCAGACCAAACCCUCCGCCCGAUCUGAUCGCAAGGGGAGAGAGCGAGCGGAGCGACCGAGGAAAAAAGAGCGAGGAGAAGGGGAUCUCGGGCAUCGCCGCGGCGUCGUCUCCCUCCGAUUCUGAGCGAGUUCAGGGCAAAACCAACAUUUCCUUCUGCGCGUUUCUGUCUACGGAGUCCAUGAAUGGCAGUGCCUUUCUCUGGGUGAAGGUUUUUGUUGCGGCUUAAAUCUCUUUGGGGGGAAUGGCCAGCAAUCCACAGUCUUCUGGGGCACAGCCCCUUAGGCCUGCAGUGGUGGGCUCCACAGGUCCACCUCAAAAUUUUGGUCCACCAAUGUCUAUGCAGUUCAGACCUGUGGUUCCGGCUCAGCAAACACAUCAGUUCAUCCCAGCCGCUUCUCAGCAAUUCCGACCUGUUGGGCAGGGUGUUCCUGGUUCAAAUAUUGGAAUACCUUCUGGUCAAACUCAAAUGCACCAUUUUCCUCAAGCUGCACAGCAUUUGCCUCCAAGAUCAGGUCCACCAGCACCACCUUCUUCACAAGCAAUUCCAAUGCCAUAUGUUCAGCCAAGUAGGCCUAUGACAUCUGGGUCAUUGCAGCCCCAGCAAAAUCCUCAGAUGCCAAACACUCAUCUGCCUAAUUUAGGUGGCAUAGGAAUGCCUCUUUCUUCAUCUUAUACGUUUGCAACGUCCUAUGGCCAGCCACCAAAUACUGUUAAUACACCAUCCCAGUAUCAACCAGCAUCCCAGAUGCAACCACCCAUUACACCUGCAGUGGGACAACCAUGGUCUGCACCUGGGACUCAGAAUGUACCUCUUGUUACACCUCUGGUUCAGGCUGCACCACAAUCUUCAGCUACGGGGGCUGCGGGGGGCACACUUGCUACAACAAAUGCACAACCUAGGUCUUCUGAACAGACCUCUUCUGAUUGGCAAGAGCACACAUCUGCUGAUGGAAAAAGAUAUUAUUACAAUAAGAAGACUAGACAAUCUAGCUGGGAGAAGCCCUUUGAGUUGAUGACACCUAUUGAGAGGGCUGAUGCCUCGACUGAUUGGAAGGAGUUCAGCACUUCGGAUGGACGAACAUACUAUUAUAACAAGGUCACAAAGAUAUCAAAAUGGAUAAUUCCUGAUGAGCUCAAGUUAGCUCGUGAGCAAGCAUUAAGGGCUGCAGCGCAGCAGGCACAUACAGAAACUGGAACAGCUUCUGUUGCCCCAGUUGCUCCAACUGUUUCUUCUGGGGAGAUCCCUUCCACCACAACAACCUCUGUGAUUCCUGGAACAACAUCUGCAGUAGCGUCAAGCUUUGUUCCAGUGGCAGUCAACUCAGUUAUAUCAUCAUCUGCGAUGGCUUCGGUAUCACCAUCCGUUAUACCAUCACCCGGAAUCUUGUCGAGUUCCUCCUUGGGAAUUCCAAGCACAGUUGGCUCAUCAAAUCUUCAGACAACCAUAACGCCAUUACCCGCACCUAUUUCUGCUAACACGGUGGUGUCUACUGUUGCAACAGAAUCUGCAUCAUCUAACACUAAGAGUAAUCAUGACAGUUCAUCUCUCCUAAAUACUGCAAGUGUGCCUGAUGGUGCUUCUGCUCAGGAUUUGGAGGAAGCUAAAAAGGCUAUGCCAGUUACUGGAAAAGUCAAUGUCACUCCAAUGGAGGAGAAAACAAUUGAUGAAGAACCUUUGGUUUAUUCUAAUAAGCAGGAGGCAAAAGCUGCAUUCAAAGCCCUACUGGAAUCUGCAAAUGUUGAAUCUGAUUGGACUUGGGAGCAGGCAAUGAGAGUUAUUAUUAAUGACAAGAGAUAUGGUGCAUUAAAGACGCUUGGUGAGAGGAAACAAGCAUUUAAUGAGUACUUGGGACAAAGGAAAAAACAGGAAGCUGAGGAAAGGCGCAUUAAACAAAAGAAAGCACGGGAAGACUUCACCAGAAUGUUGGAGGAAUGCAAAGAAUUAACUUCGUCAACCCGGUGGAGUAAAGCUGGGACCAUGUUUGAGAAUGAUGAACGGUUUCAUGCUGUUGAGCGGCCAAGAGAUCGUGAGGAUCUAUUUGAAAGCUAUUUGGUGGAUCUCCAGAAAAAGGAAAGAGCAAAGGCUGCUGAGGAGCAUAAGCGAAACAUAAUGGAGUAUAGAGCUUUUCUUGAAUCAUGUGACUUUAUCAAGGCAAACACCCAAUGGAGGAAAGUUCAAGAUCGACUGGAGGAUGAUGAAAGAUGUUCUCGACUUGAAAAAAUUGAUCGUUUGGAGAUCUUCCAGGAGUAUAUACAUGAUCUGGAGAAGGAAGAGGAGGAGCAGCGGAAGAUACAGAAGGAGCAAUUAAGACGGCAGGAACGCAAAAACCGUGAUGAGUUUCGCAAAUUAAUGGAAGAACAUGUUGCUGCUGGAAUUCUUACAGCUAAAACUCACUGGCGUGAUUACUGUAUGCAGGUGAAGGAUUUGCCUUCUUACAUAGCAGUAUCAUCAAACACAUCCGGUUCAACACCAAAAGAUCUGUUUGAGGAUGUUGCAGAGGAACUCGAAAAGCAGUACCAUGAGGACAAGGCCCAGAUCAAAGAAGCAAUUAAGAUCCGAAAGAUUGCUUUGGCAUCUUCAUGGACAUUUGAAGAUUUCAAGGCUGCCACUUUGGGUGAUGAUAGCCUAAAAGGAAUUUCUGAGACAAACAUGAAGCUUGUUUUUGAUGAGUUACUGGAAAGGCUUAGGGAGAAAGAGGAGAAGGAGGCUAAGAAGCGCCAACGUCUUGCAGAUAAUUUCUCUGACCUGCUUUACUCAAUUAAGGAAAUAACUGCUUCAUCUAGAUGGGAGGACUGCAAGUCACUGUUUGAAGACAGCCAAGAGUACAGGUCAAUUGGUGAUGAGAAUGUUGUAAGAGAGAUUUUUGAAGAACAUGUAACCCGCUUGCAAGAAAAGCUGAAAGAGAAAGAGCGUAAAAGAGAAGAGGAAAAGGCAAAGAAAGAGAAAGAAAGAGAGGAGAAAGAGAAGAGGAAGGAGAAAGAAAGGAAAGAAAAGGAAGAAAGGAAGGAAAAAGAGAGAGAACGCGAAAAAGACAAAGGGAAGGACCGAUCUAGAAAGGAUGAAGCAGAAAGUGAAAAUGUUGAUGUGAUGGACAGCCAUGGCUCGAAGGAUAGAAAGAGGGAAAGGGAUAAGGAAAGAAAGCAUCGGAAACGUCACCACAGCAUGGCUGAUGAUGUAAGCUCUGAAAAAGAUGAUAAAGAGGAGUCCAAGAAGUCCCGCAGGCAUAGCAGUGACCGGAAAAAAUCACGUAAGCAUGCUUACACUACCGAUUCAGAUAGUGAAAAUCGACACAAGAGGCAUAAGAAAGAUCGAGAUGGGUCCCGUAGAAAUGGUGGUUAUGAAGAGCUUGAGGAUGGGGAACUUGGAGAGGAUGGGGAAAUACGUUAGUGCUCUUCACCUUGCAGCUUUGUUAGUCACUUUACAUGUUCUUCACUUUUGCUGAUCGAAACAUGUUAGGGUUUAGUUUGUGAACAAUUAAUGGUUGAUAGUUGUACUGGAACAACCUUCAUUUUCUGUGUUGUAGAAAUCAACCAUUCACUUCUUACCAUUACUUUCUGCAUAUUAUUAUGGAUUGGUUUAACUAGUGUUUAAUUUAAUAAACUGAACGAUUGUGGGUAAUUGCUGGUAAUAUGAUGUGCCUUAAGAUUGCAA